UGUACCUCUCUUACAAUGUACAUAUGAUGUGCAGAAUUAGGAAAUAACCUUGAAAAAUACUGAUAGCAGGUCUUAGCUUAAACCCACAAUUCACAGGGAUUUCUCAGCCUGCAAUACAGAUACUCUCUGCAGAGGCUUGUAUGCCUGACACACAGUGAGUGCUUCUCUUCUGGAUUUUGGUUCAAAUUGACGUACAUUUUUAAAUCCACUUUGCGCCUAAACCCGGACCAGGACAGCAGGGCACUCUACUUUUCUACAAAUCAAAGAACAACAUUAAAGUUGCAGGGAUCUUCCCAAUGAUGGGCAAACAAACUUGGAUGGUGUAUUUCUUGCUGCUAUAUUUUUUCUCUGAAACGGCCAGUUAUGUAACUGUCAGUGACUUGGGUGAAUGGGUUCCCACAACGGGCAGAGCCGAAUCCGAUGGCAAAUAUUCAAAAGACCAAAGUUUUGCAGAACGUGAUUCAGUACAAAUGUGUGGCGAAGUCCAAGAGGAAGAUCUUCCCGAAUCCCUGAAUGGGUCGCAUCUUAUAAAACUGUGCAGUGGAUCCAACUCACAGAUAUUUGAAAUAAUAUACUAUGUUUGUAUGAAUGGAAUAUGGGAAAACACAACAGAUUGUCAUACAGCUAAAAGUUGUAGUCAGACAUUGAACACCAAGAAUUCUUUCAACACCUUAAAUAUCACCAAGUCUGCAGAAUACCUCAAAUGUGGGGCAGUAGAUAUACCCACCGACCAACAGCAUUGCUACUUGCUCAAUGAUUCUUAUGGUGGUGGGGCAGAAACUGGAAAUAUGUCUUCUGAUAUAAGUAGUUUGGUAGAUGAUUUGCUUCUGUGCUUAGAUGGAGCAGUUGUAUGGAGGCUGGCAACAGUAAAUGGAUCUUCUAAAAGUACCAGUAUAGGGAUUAUUACCUACAUAGGGGUGGGGAUUUCCAUUCCAUGCCUGCUUAUCGCUCUAAUUGCUGAAGCCGUGAUCUGGAAGUCAGUCACUGAGAAUGACACCACAUACAUGCGCCACGUGUGCCUGGUAAAUAUAACUGUGUCCCUUCUGUUGGCUGAAAUUUGGUUUAUUAUCUACAUUGUAUUACUUUAUUUCCCUAAUCCUAAAUUGUAUUUUUUAGAUUUAGCUGCAAAUAUACUGCUUUUCUUUUUCUAUUUGUGCCUCUGCUUUUGGAUUCUGGUGAUUGGACUUUUCCUGUUCUAUCGGGUGAUUUUCGUUUUGCACAACAUGAGUAGGAGGGCAAUGCUGACUGCUGCCUUCUCUGUGGGAUACGGGUGCCCUAUUCUCAUUACUACUAUUCUGUUUACAGCGGUGGUGCCGAGAGAGGCGUUUAAAAGUAGAAAUGAGACUUGGUUUGAGACCGACAGAACCAGAGCAAUUAUUAGUUUUUUGGUCCCAGUGAUGACCAUUUCAUUCCUAAAUCUCAUCAUUUUGCUGGUGGUUAUAUAUAAAAUAAUAAGGUCUCCAGAAGGAGUGAAGAGAAGAUUUACCAGCAGGAAAAUCCUCAUUCAGAUCAUUAGUAUCAUUGCUGUUCUGACUCCGGUUUCUUCCAUCACCUGGGGAAUCAGCCUCAGAAUGCUACUUGACAAGAACAAUUUAUUCCUACAGAACUUAUAUUUUGCUUUCCAUGCAUUUCAGGUAAAUGUCAAGAGAAAACACUUGUCAGAGAUAUAUUAUUGGAACUUAUUGUUAUAAUUAUUGAUUUGAUGUACAGGUAUAUUUUUGGUACAACUGUAUAGAUACUAGAACUAGAAACCUACACAGCAUUUGAGGGACAUGGGAUUAAUAAUUCUCCAGUAUUACUCUCGAAAAAAUUUAUUUUUCUCAAUAGGUGGGUCCUUAACAGAAAAGCAUGUUAAUAGGGCACAUGGACAAAUGGGGGCCAUAAAAAUGCCUUGAAGGGUCACAUCUGGCCUGCAGGGCUUCUAGCUGAAAAUCAUUGAGAUUCAGCCUAUAAUCCUUAUCAUUUACAGUAGGGGGUACAUUAUCCCUUAUAAUACAUGAGUGAUACUCAGAGUUCCCUGUAUA